AUGCCGAGCCGCCGAUGCCCGUCGCGCCACGUCCACCGCCGGCCCGUCAUCCGUUUCCUUCCUCGGGCCACGUCACCAUCCGCUUCGUCUUCCCCUCUGGCGCUACGCCUCCGCUCUCCAAACACGCCUCCACUGGAAUACGCUUUCAUCCCACCAAAGCGUGCUCCCUUUAGCGUAAAGAGUGUGGAAGGCGGCUGGCUGCCUGCGGUCUCCUCCGUCUCCGACUCCGAGCGAGCGAUCAGCCGUGGGGAGGAUCCGAAGCGCGCGAGAAUGCAGGGCGGAUCCAGCGGCAUCGUCUACGGCGGCCUCAAGUACCAGGCGCGGUGCAUCGCGGACGUUCGCGCCGACGCUGGCUCCACCACCUUCCUCGCCGGGACUCUCAGCCUCAAGGAGGAGAACGAGGUGCACCUGAUCCGGCUGUCGCCGGCGGAGAGCGAGCUGGUGUGCGACGGCCUCUUCUACCACCCCGACGAGAUCUGGGACCUCAAAUCGUGCCCCUUCGAUCACAGGGUCUUCUCCACAGUCUACACCUCUGGUGAGGGUUAUGGCGCUGCCGUCUGGAAGAUCCCAGAGCAGCAUGGGCAGUCAAACUCGCCGCAGCUUGAGCAGCUCUUCGAGCUCACUGGGCAUACGGGCAAGAUAAGACGCGUACUCUGGUGGCCACUUGGAAAGCAUGAUAAGCUAAUUAGCAUUGAUGACAGAAAUAUUUAUCUUUGGAACAUAGACACGUCAAAUAAAUCAGCAAAGAUGAUAUCACAGGGAUCGGCUGACAUGCUUCCAAAUUUACGUGGUGGAGCUUGGGACCCACACAAUCACAAUUCAAUUGCUGCAAUAUCAGAUUCAUCACUUCACUUAUGGGAUCUCCGUUCCAUGGACAAAUCAAUUGCAAUUGAACAUGCACAUAUACGGGAUGUGGAUUAUAACCCCAAGAAGCAAAACAUAAUUGCAACAGCAGAAGAUGAAUUUGGAAUUCGCUUGUGGGAUCUCAGAAUGCUGAAACAUCCUCUGAAAGAUCUCCCUGGACACUCACAUUGGACAUGGACUGUUCAGCACAAUCCUGAGUAUGAUGAGCUGCUUCUGAGUGCUGGAACAGAUUCAACUGUAAAUUUAUGGUUGGCUCAAGUUAGCAGCAAUGAUUCUGGAACUGACAGCCCUGGUUCACCCAAGAGGCAAGAAGAACCAUUACUCAAUUCAUAUACUGACUAUGAAGACAGCAUAUAUGGUAUUGCAUGGAGCUCCCACGACCCAUCAUUAUUCGCUUCUUUGUCUUACGAUGGAAGGGUUGUUUUGGAAUCAGUCAAGCCCUACUUGCCGAGAAAAUGAAGCUUGCCGGUCAUCUUCUGCAUUCAACAGCGUGCAAUUGAUAGCCAAGAAUGUUGCAGAAAUCAUCUUGGCUGAUAUCCGAUCUUCCGCCCUCUUGGGUGAUGCGAUGCCAACAGUGGUACCAAAAAAGUCCGAUGUAGCUUCGAUUGGAAAGAGGACAGCACAGUCGAGAUUAUCAGCAGUUCUUUCCUGUAUCUUCCAAGUCUUAUCCACUGUGAUUUCCUUUUCAGUUGCUAGAAAUUUGUCUGUGAAGAUCUGAUCGGAGUGGCUUUCCGUUUUCGGUUUGUAAGAAAUAUUGCUUCUUACUUGACUCUUAGGAUUUUGUAUAUUUGAAAAAGGCCCGUUAUAGGGAUGCUGCUUUAUGCACUGAAGUAGAGGCGAACUGACUUUGUAAGACCAUCGAGAUGAACAGAGCCAGCUAUUUUAUAAACCAUUCUUUUCGUGUUCAUUUUUUCA